GCUGCGGCGCUGCGUUGCUUCCGCUGCGGUCAAGGUGGGCAUCGCGAGGCCGAGUGCGAGCUUCCGGCGAAGAAGAAAGCGUGUCAUUUGUGCGGAUACAAAUCUCACAUCGCGCGCGACUGUCCACACGGCUUGUGUUUCAACUGUCUCACCCCAGGGCACCAGAGCCGCGACUGUCCGUACGCGCGUGGUUCCGGCCGAGACGCUCAAGAGCGAUGUUGUCUGAGGUGUGGAAAAUCCGGUCACGUGGUCGCUGAUUGCGUGUACAGAUUCGACGCGAGCGAUCUUGCGCAGAUUCACUGUUACGUGUGUGGGUCCAAGGGACACCUUUGCUGCGCGCCGCAAGACUCUUUACCUCCUGGACUACCGAGUUGCUGUCGAUGCGGCGGCGACGGCCAUCUCGAUACUGCGUGCGCGCACUCGAGGCGAGGCUUCGGUGGUGGUGCCGCACCUGAUUUUGCGUGUUUUCAUUGCGGCCAACGCGGUCACAUCGCUCGCGAAUGUCCGAGU